AUGUCAGUCGAAGCAAAAACGUUCACGAACAAAUCUAAUGGCGAAACAUUCACAAAAGGCACUUACAACGGUAUUGAAGUCUUACGUAGAGACAAGGAUGGUUAUAUAAAUGCAACAAAGAUGUGUCAGCAGUUUAGGAAAGACUUUAGAAGGUUGUUGGAAAAUAAGUCCUGGGAAGAGUAUUUUAAGGCAUUUUGUGAAGAAUAUACCAACCCGCGGAAAACGGCGGGUUGCUUUUUAUACAAAGUUCAUGCAGGAAUUCCGGAUGAAAUCAAACAGGUUAGAGGAAUGUAUGUAGACCCAAGACUCGUAAACUAUAUUGCAAUGUGGGCUUCUCCAAAAUAUUGUAUAGCAGUUGGAAAAAUUAUGGACUCCAUAGACAAGAAAGUUCAUGAGAAGUUAGAUGAAGAAGAACUUGAAGAUACA